AUGUGCCAUCUACCUGUGGGGGUGGAACAUCAUGCCUACUGGGCAGUCAAGGAAAUGAAUAUGAAUACUGAGGCUGGAGCUGCAGAGAAGAGAAUGCAGCUACAAGAGCUUGAAGAACUCCGUCUGGAUGCCUAUGACUCUGCCAUGUGGUACAAGGAAAACACUAAGAUGUGGCACGAUAAGAACCUUCGAAAGCUUAGGUCAAGGUGGAUAGGCCCUUACACCAUUGUCGCCAUCCGAACGAAUGGAGCAAUCGAACUCCAAGGAAGCGAUCCAGAUUCGCCUACCUUCAUGGUGAAUGGUCACAGGGUAAAACCGUACAGAGAAGGAAUGGAGGCAUUCGUGGUGGACGACCUUCCACUACUCAUGCCUAACUCUUGCCAGUAA